AUGGACUACCAUGAAUCUACCAUAGCCUCCGCAAUGGACGCUACUGAAACUGUUCCCGUCCAAGACUCACCUGUCUUCAGUUACAUUAGUAAACUUUCUCCCAUACAGCCUGUCAAGGAACCUGCAGUUUCUCAAGGUUUUACCAGACUGAAUUCUCCUCCUACUGUAUUCACAUCACCGAGACUCAAUCCUCAUGGCCUGUCAAGUUCACUCAAAAGCUCACAAUUUCCUCCAUUACCUAGUACACAAUUAUCUGGACAAGAUGGAGGCUGCUGGAUUAGUAUCACUGCUGCAGACAGAUCUGGCAAACUGGAUGACGGGCUGGGUAGUGGAUUAAAUACUUGUACGGAGAAAGGACUAGAUAGUAGCAGACUUGUGGACGACCAAACCGAAAGUUCCAUAGGAUGUGCUGACCGGUUCCUGGAUGACGCUGUGUACAUGGACUCUUUUAAUUCUAAUGUUUCAGCAGAUUCCAGUUUGAAAUACUUUGAUGACAUUGAUCAGACACCAGUUAGAGUAAAUAACUCGAAGGAAUCUGCUGGGAAACUUGAAAAGACACACGGUGCAAGAGGAAAUAAUAAGGAUGCAUCAGUUGAUAGAAGGGCAAUAGAAAUAAAUAUGAUGUCCAGAGAUGGUGUUAUACGAGCUGAUCAGGGUGCAAAGUUUGAAUCCAAUUUGUCUGAAAACCUUGCUAUAACCAACAAGCAUCCGGAAAAAUUUAUGACUGAGAAUUCAGAAGCAGGGCAGACAGGUCACGUGGAUGAUUCCUCUUAUUUACUGCCAAAAUCUAUAGAGAUUUAUGAAGGGAAUAAAAGCUCUGUAGAAACUACUGGAGCCUUGGAUGAACCAGUUCAGAAUGAAGUGCAGAGUAAUCCCAUGGCUGCUCAACCCCGUGGCUUGCAUGUAAGUUGUCUCCACUUUGAAGAUGCUCAGCAGAAAAUAAUAACAAAUAGGCAUGCACAAAACCCUUCAGGUAUUGAAAAUAGUUCAAGGAUACUUACCUCUUCUGCAGAUAGAGAGGGCCCCAAAUCAAUAUCCUUGGAGACACCAUCAACUCCCAUUAGUCAGAUUGGUAUGACCCAGCAAAUGGUUUAUCCUAGAAAUAGAGGGAAUUAUAGCAUAAAAGUUCCAACUCCUUUAGGUAUUGGCUUGCACCUAAAUAGCGUUGUCAGUACUACGCAAGUAGGAGCUGGAGAAACUAUAAUUGUGAAAUCAUCUGAAAAGGAUACCUUAAGUAUAUGGGAUGAGCAACAAGUGACUUCUCUGAGCUCUCAUCUUUCUGAAAACUCAAAGAACUCUUCAUAUUUGUCUGUGUUGGAAAGUAUUCUAGGAAUACCUGAUGACAGUAGGCAUAAUAACGAUUAUGCCUCGGUGGCAGCUAAUUCUGCUACUUCUGUGUCCACUUACAAUGUGAAACCUUUGGACAACUCUAUGGUCUGUAAUCCAAUUGAGGAUCAAUCAACUCCAGUUAACAAGAGGAAGUCUAACACUGGAAAUGCUGAUGAUGCAGAGGAGUUUAAAAGGUCAAGCCCCAAAAGGAAGAGGCAAGCCUACAAGAAGAAAACAUCCGAGUCCAAUGAUGAUUACAGUUGCAAACUUUGCAACUGCAAGAAGUCUAAAUGCUUGAAGCUUUACUGCGAUUGCUUUGCUGCUGGAAUAUAUUGUGCGGAACCUUGUUCUUGCCAAGGGUGCUUUAACAGGCCUGAAUAUGAGGAUACAGUUCUAGAGACACGCCAACAAAUUGGAUCUCGCAAUCCUCUGGCAUUUGCUCCAAAGAUAGUACAGAACAAUGAAGACGAGACUCAGUUAUCAAAGUCCUCCAUAAGGCACAAAAGAGGGUGCAAUUGCAAGAAGUCAAUGUGCCUCAAAAAGUACUGUGAGUGCUAUCAGGCAAAAGUUGGUUGUUCUGAUGGAUGUCGAUGCGAAGGAUGUAAAAAUGUUUAUGGCCAAAAGGGAGAAUGUGGCGUGAAUAAGGAUGUGGGCAUGCAAUGUACUGAUGAAACAACAGAUGGCUCCUCUGGUGAAAAACUUGAAAUGGUGGAGUCUGGAAAUGUCUUAUAUCAUACUGAGUUAUGCAAUCCUCAUAAUUUGACUCCUCUGACACCAUCAUUCCAGUACUCAGACCAGGGAAAAGGUGCAUCAAAAGCUUGGUUCUCUUCUGGAAAAUACUUCCAAUCGCCAGAAUCUGGUCCCACCUUCGGGGCACCAUGCGUCAGGUUCCCAAGGUCUCCUAGGAAUUUGGAUAAUCGUGAUAUGAUCUCAGAAUCUUCUAAAGAAAUUCUCGAUCUAGAUUCUUUUGAUAAUGAACUAGAUUACCACAAAGCAGAAGCAGUCAAUGACUUCUCAUUUGGGCACCAUGGACCUAGCAAUAUGGAGCAUCUUGCUGGUAAGCCAAAUGCACGAGAAUGGGAAAGCAAUUUGAAAGUUCAACCCUUUUCUGGAAGUGGACAUUUUUCUUCAGCAAGUUCCCUUCGUUGGCGUGUUUCACCAAUCACUCCCAUGGCUCAGUUUAGUGGUACUAAACUUCCCCAAGCCGUUGACUAUUAUAAUGAUUUACACAACAUUAUGGAAGAUGACACACCAGAGAUUCUAAAGGGCACUCCUAACCCACCCAAUACCGUGAAAGUAAGAUCUCCAAAUAAGAAGCGAGUUUCUCCACCUCAUGGUCAUUUGCGUGAGCUGGGUUCAAGGUCAUCAGAAGGCCUGAGAAGUGCCCGCAAGUUCAUACUGCAAGCCGUUCCAUCAUUCCCACCCCUUACACCUUGCGUUGAAUCUAAAAACGGUGGACAAAAGAAGACAUAA